GAUAAUACUUCCUUUCCUUUCUCUUAGACAGAGGCAGAGGAAGGGAAAUUGUAUAUUGUCGUGGAAAGGAAUUCCUUCUUUCGUGGAGGGUGUGUUACAGCUCCUAAAAAGCCCUUCAGACUAAGGGGUUGCCUGUGCCUCGCAGCCAAGCCGAGCCUGCCUCUUUGCCAUUCAUUUUAGCUCCUUAAUAAGAGGGGGGCAGUUUUUCUGUUUCUAGUUUUCUGGAGCUCACCGCGCAGCGCAAUUAUAACCCGCACAGGUCCGGGAAAACCCAAACGCCUGGUGGUCCGAAAUACGGAAAAGGAGCAAAAGCUUUCGUUGCUAUUACCAUUGUCGGGGCUUAAACUCCAGAUUUAUCCGUUCAAACUCCUAGCUGAGCAGCGCCCACGACACUGUAUUGCUGCAACAAACUUUCCUUCUAGAAAAGGGAACUUGACUCCCUCCGGGGGGACGACAGCAGGAGGGCCUGACUAGUAGCCCCGAGCAGGGUUCAGGAUUUUAGGCGAGGGGCCGGAGCCCCAGAAGAGCCCCGCCUGGCCUUUCAGAAGGGAAGGUUUCCGAAAUCAGCUAUUUCCCCUGGAAACAAAGCCCACUUUUGCCCCUACUACUUUCGCACUCCGUCUCCAUCCCCGGGGUUCCCUAGGGAUGCACUUGGCGGUGGCCCUAGGACUCGGCCUGGGUGGGCCUUAAAGGAAAUGCGCUGGAGCCCAGGCCGAAGUGUUUGCCUUGUCCGGACCUCGCCCCUAAGCGGGCAGAGUCCACGGCGGGACGCAGCUUCGGUGGCCUCGGCAGAGGAGCAGCAGCGGGCCGCGGACGCAAUGCGAUCUUUGGCAUCACUCAGCCAAGGUGUAGAGUUAGAAAGCGGACGUUUGGGACUGUCACAUCUGAAAUGGGGGCUCUUUUGAAAAUUAUUUAGAAAGAAAAACAGUGAAGUCUUCUUCCCGAGACCUCGAACACUUUUAAAGAAACAAACUGCAGUUGGGUGGCGGCCUGUCCCGCAGGCGCGAAAGGAGCGAGGGGACCGGCACACCUCCGCAAGUCUGGAGGGAGCGGAGGCACCGGCCCAGCCAGGGCUAGCCUUUACCUCGGGCUCCCAGGCGCGUGGAACAGCCACAGCCCUGGGCGGACCGAUGGCGGUACCCGGGCAAAGAGGCUUGGAGAGGAGACUCCGACUCGGGCCGAACCAGAGAGCCUGGACUCCCGACUUAGAGGUUCCAACUAGAUGCCAGCACGAGCCGCCGCUUCACGCCGCCGUCCACCGCGCUGAGCCCUGGCAAGAUGAGCGAGGCGCUGCCGCUGGGCGCCCCGGACCCCGGCGCCGCCCUGGCCGGCAAGCUGAGGAGCGGCGACCGCAGCAUGGUGGAGGUGCUGGCCGACCACCCCGGGGAGCUGGUGCGCACCGACAGCCCCAACUUCCUCUGCUCCGUUCUGCCUACGCACUGGCGCUGCAACAAGACCCUGCCCAUAGCUUUCAAGGUGGUGGCACUAGGGGAUGUUCCUGAUGGCACUCUGGUCACCGUCAUGGCAGGCAAUGAUGAAAAUUACUCUGCCGAGCUGAGAAAUGCUACUGCAGCCAUGAAGAACCAAGUCGCAAGAUUCAAUGACCUCAGGUUUGUUGGUCGAAGUGGAAGAGGGAAAAGCUUCACUCUGACCAUCACCGUCUUCACAAACCCACCCCAAGUUGCCACCUACCACAGAGCCAUCAAAAUUACAGUGGAUGGACCCCGAGAACCUCGAAGACAUCGGCAGAAACUAGAUGAUCAGACCAAGCCUGGGAGCUUGUCCUUUUCUGAGCGGCUCAGUGAACUGGAGCAGCUGCGGCGCACAGCCAUGAGGGCCAGCCCACACCACCCAGCCCCCACGCCCAACCCUCGCGCCUCCCUGAGCCACUCCACUGCCUUUAACCCUCAGCCUCAGAGUCAGAUGCAGGAUACAAGGCAGAUCCAGCCGUCCCCACCAUGGUCCUACGAUCAGUCCUACCAGUACCUGGGAUCGAUCGCCUCUCCUUCUGUGCACCCAGCAACGCCCAUCUCACCUGGGCGUGCCAGUGGCAUGACAACCCUCUCUGCAGAACUUUCCAGUCGACUCUCAACGGCGCCCGACUUGACGGCCUUCGGUGACCCGCGUCAGUUCCCCGCGUUGCCCUCCAUCUCCGACCCUCGCAUGCACUACCCCGGCGCCUUCACCUACUCCCCGACGCCCGUCACCUCGGGCAUAGGCAUCGGCAUGUCGGCCAUGAGCUCGGCCACGCGCUACCACACGUACCUGCCGCCGCCCUACCCCGGCUCGUCGCAGGCGCAGGGGGGCCCCUUCCAGGCCAGCUCGCCCUACCUGUACUACGGCGCCUCGGCCGGCUCCUACCAGUUCUCCAUGGUGGGCAGCGAGCGCUCGCCGCCGCGCAUCCUGCCGCCCUGCACCAACGCCUCCACGGGCUCGGCGCUGCUCAACCCCAGCCUGCCGACCCAGAGCGACGUGGUGGAGGCCGAGGGCAGCCACAGCAACUCCCCCACCAACAUGGCGCCCUCGGCGCGCCUCGAGGAGGCCGUGUGGCGGCCGUACUGAGCGGGCCCCGCGCGGGCCGGCCCCGGGCGGCCGCCUGCGCCCCCGAAGCCCGUGCAGUUCGCCGCGCCGCCGGCCUGUCGCAGAGUUUCCAGCCUGACGCGACUUGAGGGUGUCCGCAGACCGCCGCCGCGCCGACACGCUCUGAAGCAAACAGGAAGAUUCCCAGAAGGAAACUGUGAAUGCUUCUGAUUUAGCAAUGCUGUGAAUAAAAGAAAGAUUUUAUACCCUUGACUUCACUUUUUAACCAAGUUGUUUAUUCCAAAGAGUGUGGAAUUUGAGUUUGGGGAGCGGGGGGAAUGCAACUCGUCCUGUUCGGCAUCUGAUUCUUAUUUGUAAUUUUCUUUUCCGCACCUUAUAAAUUGCAAAAUGCGUAUUUGCAUUUGGGUGGUUUUAUUUUUAUAUAUAUACCUAUAAAUUUGAGCUUGCUUCUUUCUUGCUUUGACAAUUGAAAGAAAUAUGAUUCCCUUUUCUGUAAGUUUUAUUUAACUUUUCUUUUGGACUUCUCUGUAGGUUUUUUUUUUUUUUUUUUUUGAGAAACAACUAUAGCUUUGGGUCAUUUUUAACUACUGUAUUCCCACAAGGAAUCCCUAGAUAUUUAUGUAUCUUGAUGUUCAGACAUUUACUUAUGUGUUGAUACUUUUUUAAUUAUUUAAAUGUACUUAUAUUAAGAAGAAAAAUAUCAAGUACUACAUUUUUUUGGUUUGUUUUUUGGUAGUAGCCAAAGUUAAAUGUAUCACUUUGAAGAAGGCUGGAAAAAAAAAAAAGGAUGGUUAAUGUGAUCACUUGGUUAUCCAGAAGUAUUGUUUACAUUAAACUCCCUUUCAUGUUGUACAAGUUGGUAGCUAAUGCUGCGGUGUUUUUAACAGGAUAUUUAGAUACUGAGGGCCACUUCAAGGAUCAAAAUUAUGGAAUUUUCUGCCAGGCUCAACAAAAGUUCUCAUAUCUGGCUCUCCCUUCAAACAGAGAAGGCCAAAUCUUGUCCCAAAGGGUUCAGGCAGGUGCCAGUGAUUACACCUUUGGAAAGAAUUUAAUUUCUACCUGGGGAUUUGCUCACUCAAUGGCCUUGUGAUAAUUUCAUGUAUGCUUUGUAACAACACAUCCAAAGUAAACUGUGUAGAGGAGCAUCAUUUACAUAGGAACCAAGCAAAUGAAUUUAGGGGCUAGAGUUGUAGCAAUUUAUGGGUCCCCCAGAAGCGGGCCUGAAGGAGCCUACUUCUCUCUGUAUGCCUAAGUGGAGAAGCUUGGGAGAACAAGGUCCCACCUGCCCAGGACCCAAAUCAUCCCACGCUCUCUCUCAACACCGUCUUUGUGUUGCUUAUACCAGACUGAGCCCUACCCUGUGGGGUGUGUGCACUUUUACCUGUGCACCAGCAUGACAGGAAAGAUUCAUGUCACUGCUGUCCAUGGCUACAAUUCAGAGGUAUCCAAUGUCACUGUAAAUUUUAUGGCACUAUUUUUAUUGGCGGAUUUGGUCAGAAUGCAGUUGUUGUACAACUCAUAAAUACUGCUGAUUUUGACAUAUGUGUGCUCAAAAUGAUCUGGUUGUUAUUUAAUGUACCUCUUAAAAAUUAGUUGAAACGAUUUCAGGUCAACUCUGAAGAGUAUUUGAAAGCAGGACUUCAGAUCAGUGUUCGAUUUUUAUAUUAUAAAUUUAAACAUUCAAAUUAGACGAAUCUUUGGCUGCAGGCAGCAAAACAGCUGGACUUAUUUAAAACAACUUGUUUUUGAGUUUUCUGAUAUAUAUAUAUAUAUAUAUAUUGAUUAUUUGUUUUACACAGAUGCAGUAGCACUUUGGUAAGAGUUAAAGAAUAAAGCCGCUUGUGUUGUCAAGGCGUUCUUAUCUAGAGAAGAGCUAUAGAAGAUCUUGGAAAAACUCAGAAUAUAUUUAUUUUCAUCUGAGACAUAACUCUCUCCACAAUUCAGUUUCAUAUGUUAUUCAGUAUCACAUAUUUGCAGCUAAAUUACCAUCAAAUCUCAGAAAAAUUAAAAAUUUAAUUUCCAAAAAGGACCAUUAGCCCAUUUCCCCCCAAAAUGAACUUAAACAUCCUUUCCAGCACACAUUGCCAUAUCUGACCUGAGAAAAUGCUGGGGGAAAAUGAAGGAAAACAUUUCUAUUUUUCAGUUCAAUUCUGGUACCCGAAGAUCUUCUAACUCAAAACCAGCCUAGUGCCCCACAAGGGAAAUCAGAUACUCUUUCACAUUGAACCUUCACUCUUGAAGCUAUGUAUGGAGACAGCUUGUCACUUUGUUGUAGACUCCCUGGUUUGGUCAUUCAGAGCUUCACAAGCUCUUACCAGCAUACAUUGUAUUGAAUUGUUUCAGAAAAAAAAGUCAAACCUUAGCUAUUUUGGAGAUGGGUUUCACUGAAUUUUAUUUCCCUGGAGGAAUUGUGUUUGUUGCCUUUAGCAUUCUUUUUGAAUGAAGGUGGUUUUUUUAUUCCUUGCCUUAAGGUAAAUUAAGGUAUUCAUGAGACCUUCAAGUUGAUCAUGUAAUAAUUGGAUGUAUCUGGGAGCACUGGUCCAGGAGAAGAAAGAUUGAAUAAGCUACUUCUUCUGCUUAUUCAUAUCUUAUUUAUGAUUUUAACAUGGACACAUACUUCCGUUUUUUCUGUUUUUCUCAGUAUCUAAAAUACAUUUCUCCCUCUCUGCCUCCCAAUAUCUCCCUAUUUUUCUCUCCCCUUUCUCCCACAUUCUGUUAAGGAGCUAGCAUAUACCCCCACCCCAAUACCAAAUGUCCACAACACAAGAGGAACAUGGUGAGCCGGCCUUUCUCCUGGAUAGGUUUCUUCCAGCAGAACAGAGGCAUCACCAACCUUUUUGGAUCUGCUUGAUCCCAAACUCAGCAACAACGACCUUCCCGGGCAAAUUACAAUCAGUGAGUAAAUAGCCUUUCUACUGCUGAGGGUUUCUGUGCAGACAAUCAGAAAUGCUCUGAUUGGAAAGGAAAUGAAUGGUUUCACUCAAAUGUCCUGCAAUUUAGGAUUGGAGAUCUCUGUCUUGAAAUACCUGUUUCCUUGGGACAUUCCGUCCUGGUAAUUUUUAUUUUUGUUGGUUUUUAUUUUGGGGGGAAUGAUAUGUUUGGGGGCCUUUUAUACAUAAAAAUUGGUUUUUCAGUAAUCUCAGAAAAUAUUUUUUACAUCUGAACAAAAUGCCUUUUUGUUUCCCCCAGCAUAUACAUUUGUUUGGGGGGGGGGGGUUUGUUUGUUUGUUGCAAAUAUUUUUCUCCCUUUUAGGCAGGUCAGUAUUGAUGAGACUGACUGUUGGCUUUUUUUUUUCCCAGAAGAGUUGCAUCAACAAAAUUAAUUGUAUUUAUGUAUGUAAAUAGAUUUUAAGCUUCAUUAUAAAAUAUUAUUAAUGCAUAUAAUAACUUUUUUCAAUUUUUUUGUGCGUGUUUCUAAGGACCUUUUCUUAUGUUUGCUAAAUACUGUAGGAAAAAAUUGCUUCUUUUUACUUUGUUUAUUUUAGACUUAAAAACAAGCUACUUAUUCACUUUUGUAAACCGCUAAUCGCAUGGUUCCAAGUUUUUUAAAAGUUCAUUUUUUGUUCUAGGGGAAAUGAAUGUGCAAAAAACAAAAAAGAAUUGCUGGUUAUUUGUGUUAUUCUGAUGUAUAAAAAUCAAUGGAAAGAAUAAAUAAAUUUCCAAAUUGAAA